AAUUAUUAAAUAUAUAAAAAUUAAUAAUAAUAACUAAAAUGCGUCAAUUUGUGAAUGUUUUGUUGAUGUGCUUGUUUGCUGCCUCUGCUUAUGCCAGCGGUUGCACUAGCCCCAAAGCCACCGUAACAUCUUUCAGCACUCAAGAUGCCACUAUUCUAACACAAUUGGCCCACAUUGGAGAAUUCACCUUGAAGUGUGGCAAUGGAGCUAAACCUAUUUUGUUUGCUGAAUUCCCCUGCGGCAAAGUAGUGCCAGUGGCCCAUGUUGGCGAAGAGAAAUAUCAAGUGAGCUGGACUCAAGAAAUCAAAAAGUCUUCCGGUGGCAAUGUUGUAGUACGUCUUUUCGACGAAGAGGGUUACUCCAACUUACGUAAAGUACAACGUGAUGGUGGUAAGGUAUCCAGUGUCAAGUCUUUGGUUGACAUCACCGUCAACACUAAGAGCGCAUACAAGGGUCCCUGGGUAAAGGCUGAAUUAGUGGCUGCUUUAUUAGUGGCAGCUAUUGCUUACUUCGCUGUCACCACCAAGAGCAAAGUGCAAGCUUAAUUUGUAUGGAUUUUGAGUUUGAUACAAGUUCUUUGCUUAGAGAUUUCUUUUGAAUGAAAUUCAUUCACCUUAAAAACACACUGUUCAACAAACAACAUAAACAUUGAGAAAAACUACCUCUACGGCAAAAAUGUGGAAAAAUAUUCAUGUCAUCAUUAUUAAACACACAAACGAUGAGAGGAGGUUUUAUUCUUUUUUUUUAACUAAAUGUAAGAUUUGAUUAUUAUUUUUAUAAUUUAGAUAACUUAUUGAUUCUAAAUUAUAAACGAAACAGCGUAAUACAUAAAACACUUAAAAAAUAAAGUUUUUUUUAUAGUAAACAAAAAGAAA